GCUGGCCACCCUGGAUCCACUUGCCAAGGCCCUGUCCGUGGAACCGGAGUCUUUGGUGAAGGAGCUGCUCGUGGCACGACCCGCCGCGGUCAACCUCUUCAAGCGUGGUGAGCUGAACCCAUGGGGAUUGGCCAUGAAACACUGGGGUUCCCAGCGCCUGCCUGGGCUUUACAAAGCCGUCGGUGUCUCAAUAGUAUUGCUCAUCCUGGCCACGUGGGCAUCAACUGGUGAGGUUGAACAAGCAUACUCGCGGGUGCGGCUCAUCUCGCAAGGCAUCAAGAGCAGCACGACGACGGAACACACCUACAACCAACUAAAGGUCGUCCUAGAUGCACCCCCCGCUGACAAGCUCGUCAUUGUCAGCCGCGACCAGGAUGGCCGCGUGACCUACAAAGCAACUAGAGAUGGCAACAUGAUUUUGCUGAAGUACCGCAGCUUGUACGGCGGCAACACCAAUGUCAGAGUCAAGUCUUCCGAUCUUCCACGUCGAAUCCUGGGCGACAGAAAAAGGAAGACAGGGUACAAAGCCUUUACCCGAGAACGGGGGGAGGACCGGGCUGCGGCCAGGUCUGUGCUGAUGAGCGGCGAAUCUGCGGCCGAACUCGAGAAGUUAGGCCUGGCGUCAGCAUUGUCACGAGAAACUGAAGAGCAGCGUCACCUUCUCCAAGUGUUACAAGAACAACACAGACAGAAGAAGAAGAUCUUUCAGGAUGCCGAUCCUCGCAGCGUGCAGAAGAAACUUCGUGAACACGAGAAGACUCGCAGAGUCAAGGCGGAGAACAUCAACAGUAUGGAAAGGAGAUCGCUCACUCAGGACGUGGACAUUCUUCACGGCCAGACCUGUUGCAUCUAUGUCGGGAGUCGAAGUAGGAAGACUUCGGGAACCUUGGAAGCGCUCGGUCAAAUCCCAAAUGUAGAAUGCGUGACAUACGAUGAGGCCAUGGCUGGAAUGGCCAAGCUUCUGAGCGCAGAGGUCAACGUGGUGUGGCUUUUUCCCACAGAUGACAAGAUGCAAUCGUUUGUGGACCCCCUCGGCAUCGGUGCUUCAAUCUCUUCGGCAGCGGACGAGACCGUCAAGCUGCAGGCCAUUGGCUCGGCAUGUCGUCAAAUUGCGCCGCGAAUGAUUGGCGGUUAUGUCGCCGGAAAUGCUUUUUUGCAAAUGCAGUUGGCCCCAGCCAACCGAUCGCAGAUGCGGAAGCCGAUUCUUGAGCUGGAGCCUGGUUUGUGGCAGAACCUGGAGCUGACCUUUCACGACACAAAGCUGUCCCCGAACAUCGCCACUCUCAUAACAUCGAUCUUAUCAGAGUCCCUGACAUCCCCCAGAGGCAGCCUCAUCAAGUGGAGCGUGAAGAAAGAGGAAGACAAAGUGUGA